GAUUUUCUACGUGUCAUUUUUUAUAGUUUCUUUUUUUUUUUUGUUGAUGCGACGUGUCAUAAUUGUUACGACUCUUGAAUUGUUGGCAGCCGCAUGAAAAUGGUGGGCAAUGCAAGACCUAAUCAAAGCCGGCAAAAGUCAUAUAGCAUGAAUAAUAAAGCAGGCUUAAGUAGUUUAUUGAUAUUUACAAUAUUACUUUUAGCAUGGAUAUCAGGUUUUUCAUCCCGUUUAUUCGCCGUUAUUAGAUUUGAAAGUAUUAUACAUGAAUUCGAUCCAUGGUUUAAUUAUCGGGCCACCGCUUAUAUGGUACAACAUGGAUUUUAUAAUUUUCUUAAUUGGUUUGAUGAGAGAGCAUGGUAUCCACUGGGACGUAUCGUUGGUGGAACUGUGUAUCCAGGAUUGAUGAUAACAUCUGGAAGUAUACAUUAUAUUCUUCAUUCGUUAAAUAUUCCUGUUCAUAUUAGAGAUAUUUGUGUGUUUUUAGCACCUAUUUUCAGUGGAUUAACAGCAAUAUCCACAUAUUUAUUAACAAAAGAAUUAUGGUCAUCGGGUGCUGGUUUAUUUGCGGCAUGUUUUAUAGCCAUUGUGCCUGGAUAUAUUAGUCGUUCGGUAGCUGGCAGUUAUGAUAAUGAAGGAAUUGCAAUAUUUGCAUUACAAUUUACUUAUUACCUAUGGGUAAAAUCUGUUAAGACUGGAUCUAUUUUUUGGGCCACAAUGACUGCUUUGUCAUAUUUUUAUAUGGUAUCUGCAUGGGGAGGUUAUGUAUUCAUAAUAAAUUUAAUUCCAUUACAUGUGUUUGUGUUACUUUUAAUGGGUCGUUAUUCACCCCGAUUGUUUACAAGUUAUACAACAUUUUAUAUUUUGGGACUCUUAUUUUCAAUGCAAAUACCAUUUGUUGGUUUCCAACCGAUACGUACAAGUGAACAUAUGGCAGCCUCAGGUGUGUUUGCAUUGCUGAUAGCUGUAGGAAUACUAAAAUAUCUGCAAUCAAUAUUAUCAAAAUCAGAGUUUAAGUACCUGUUCACAGUUGGUCUUUUAUCAGCUGCUGGAGUUGUAUUUUUAACAGUUGUUGCAUUAACAUAUGCUGGAGUUAUUGCUCCAUGGAGUGGGCGGUUUUAUUCAUUAUGGGAUACAGGGUAUGCUAAAAUUCAUAUACCAAUUAUCGCAUCUGUGUCAGAGCAUCAACCAACAACUUGGUUUUCAUUCUUCUUUGAUUUACAUAUUCUUGUUACCACUUUCCCAGCUGGAUUGUGGUAUGUCAUUAAGAACAUUAACGAUGAACGAGUUUUCGUUGUUUUGUAUGCGAUAAGUGCCGUUUACUUUGCUGGUGUCAUGGUUCGAUUGAUGUUAACACUUACACCGGUUGUGUGUAUGUUAAGUGGUGUUGCAUUUUCAGUACUUCUUGAACUAUUCUUAAAAGAUGAAGAUUUACCAUCGAAUGAAGAUGGCAGUGAUAAAGAAGAAGAUACGUCAAAUUCAAAUAAUAGGAAUUUAUAUGACAAGGCAGGAAAAUUAAGAAAAAUGAAACAUGAACAACAAAAAGAAGGUGACGGACUUGGAAUGAAUUUACGAAGCGUUGUAGUAAUAGCCAUUCUUAUGUUAUUAAUGAUGUUCGCCGUACAUUGUACCUGGGUCACUAGUAAUGCAUACUCAAGUCCAAGUGUGGUGUUAGCAUCAUACGGUCCAGAUGGUACACGAUACAUAUUGGAUGAUUUCCGUGAAGCAUAUUAUUGGCUGUCACAUAAUACAGCGGAUGAUGCUCGUGUGAUGAGUUGGUGGGAUUAUGGUUAUCAAAUAGCUGGUAUGGCGAAUCGAACAACGCUAGUUGACAAUAAUACAUGGAAUAAUAGUCAUAUUGCUUUGGUGGGCAAAGCAAUGUCAUCAAAUGAAAGUGCUGCGUAUACAAUAAUGACAUCCUUGGAUGUUGAUUAUGUUUUAGUCAUAUUUGGUGGGGUGAUUGGCUAUUCUGGUGAUGAUAUUAAUAAAUUUUUAUGGAUGGUUCGUAUUGCUGAGGGUGAACAUCCAAAAGAUAUUCGGGAAGUUGAUUACUUUACAGAACAUGGUGAAUUCCGUGUAGAUUCCAAAGGUGCACCAACUUUAUUAAAUUCAUUAAUGUAUAAAUUAAGUUAUUAUCGAUUUGGUGAAUUAAAAUUAGAUCAAGGUUCAUCACCACCAGGAUACGAUCGUACAAGAAGUUCUGUCAUUGGUAAUAAAAAUUUCGAUUUAACGUAUCUAGAAGAAGCGUAUACAACGGAACAUUGGUUGGUUCGGAUAUACAGAGUAAAAAAACCCCAUGAAUUCAAUCGUCCAAGUAUUCCUCCAACAAAACGAACUGUAAAACUAAGUCAUAAUUUUAUAUCAAAAAAAAAUUCUAGGCGCAAAAAAGGUACAUUAAAAUUUAAACCAAUUGUAGUAAAAGGUAAAAGAAAUUCUAAACAACAAUCAUCCUAGUCUUUUUUUUGUAAAUUGAAAUGUGUUCAUAAUAAAUAAUAAUAAAUAAAUAAGGGUACGUAGAUAAAAAAUAAACCCCUCUCAUCAACAACAAAAACAAAACAAGCAAAUGAAGUGAAAUAUUAAAUAAUAAAUCUGGCAAUGUUAAUUUUGAUAUUGAUAAAUCAGUAAACAAAUAGAAUUAAGUUACAUUAAUACAUUGGCUCAUGUGUGUGCAUUUAAAAAAAGAAAAAGUCCCAAAUUUAUUUUUGUAAUAUAUUUAUCGUUCAAUUUUCGUUCCUCAAACCAAAGAGUAUAGGGUAGAGAAGAAGCAGGAAUAUAAUUUUAAGUGACAUCUGGAGUCUGUAGCGAUCAACUAUUAAGUUUGUCGGCUUUUGCGGGUAUGACUAUUAAGUUUGACUACUUUGCGGGGGCGACUAAUAUCUAUUAAGUUUAAAAGCCUUACUCGGUAGAGGCGGUAUGGGCUGUUUCUCCUCUAUCCUAUCCUCUUUGCCUCAAGCAUAAUAGUACAGGAAAUAAUCAAACUUUUUUGAUAAUGAACCGAUUUUGAUCGAACAUGGAUCAUUUUUUCGUAAUUGCAAUUUGAAAAAGUCCCUUAAAUUAGUUUGUGAACUGUGUGUGUUUUUUUUCUUGCACUAAUUUACAGGAGUUAAUUUUUUUCUAAAAAUCGGUUUAUUAUUUACUGAAAGUAAAUAUACAAAAUCCUUACAAAUUUCGAGAGGGAAGUUGCUGCCAUUUUGAGAAAAACCUUUACGGCCUAUAACCCCGCAACCGUGCACUUUAAGCUAAAAAUGGUAAUAACCUUUUUUGUAGAUAAUAACUAGCAGUUAUCCACGUUAUAGCCUUCAAUUCUCUCAACUUCCUUUUUGUUCAUCAUCUAAUAUUGUAGCUUUUAGUGCGAAUUUUUUAAAAUUGGUUAAGUAGUGAACUCAAAAAGGACGGUUUGUAUAUUUUUUUAUACAAACUUUCUCUAUUUCACUCUUUUAGGGGAUGAAUUUUGAAAAAAUUUGUCUUAUGUGACACCUACUGUAUGCAAUCAAUAUCUUCUCGAAAUUUCAAACUUCUAUCAUUAGCGAUUCAGGCUGGGCAUCGAUAUAUCAAUCGCGACAUUGGCUAUUUCCCCUCUUUGAAAUGUUUCUGAUUUUAAAUAAUAUACAAAAAUAAUCAUUUUGAAAAAAAAAAUCAUCAAAAUCGGAGAUGUCAUUGAGGAAUUCCGACUAAAAACAUACAUUGAUGCGACUAAUUAUGUAAGAAUAAAAAUCAUAUCUUAUUUAUAUUUGACUCAAUGAUCUUUGUAUUAUUUGGAUACAGAUACCAUUUUUAUCGAUUUGUAGCUCAAUCCGCGUCAAUAUAUUGAGGUAGCUCACGGAUAUUUCCAAUUCGUAAGAGUUUUUAAAUAGCGUAUUAAAAUGGCAUCGCUUUAUAAAAGCGCGCUAACUUACGUAUCUAAUAUUUAUGUUUUUUUUUUUUUUUUAUUGUUAUUUAGGUUUCGGUGGAUCUUCUAUCCAAAUAAUAAACCAAAUCAUUGAUUUGAUUUGACUUUUUUUUUUAAUUUUCAUUUGUUAUAUAUAUUUUUUAUGAAGACACAAAGCAAACAUUUCAUUCUACAUAAUUAUUUUUCAUUUUAAUCAAUCCAGUGAACAUUUUUUUAAAUUAUGCCAUAUUUGUGUCAAAUAUUAAUCACCCCUUCCCAUUUUUUUCAAAGCUACAUUACGUAAGAACAUGAUAUAAUGUUUUUACGUUAAAACAUGGAAACUGAUAAACUGCACAUUAGAGGGAAUGGACGGAAAUGAGUGUUCAGUACCGUGAAAAAAAAAGUCGGAACUAAUGUUUUAAUCAAAUGUAAGUGCAAUAGAUACGUUCUCUCGACGUCCGACAAAUUGAUGAUCCGAUAUCUCAGUACUUUUCAAGUAUUUCUGUAUAAAUAGAUUAGGAAAUAUUGACAUAAAUAUGACAAACAUUUUUGAAAAUGUUCACUGGGAUGUAAUAAAAAAAAACUGGGACAUGUGUUUGUAGACAAUUGUAUGAAUGUGAUUUCACUGUUGAUAUAAGUAUUGUUAAAUAUGUUUGAAAUACACUUCU